AUGACCUCCGCCGCCGCGCCGCCAACAUCGCUGCACCGCCCGGCGGUGAGCGCCACACACGGAGCCAGAGCGUCCGUCGCGGCGUCGAGCAACAGGGUGCACCUUGGUAACCUCGAGCACCUCUUCCGAAGCCGCGGUGCCGUCGAGAGCAGUGGGACUGCCGCGGCGCCUGUGCAGCCGGCACGCAGGAGGCAGCAGGCACCGCUGCUGCGGCUGCCGUCCUUCUUCAAGCGGGCCAAGGGCGACUUCGCCGUGGCCAAGGAGGAGCAGGUGGACUUGUCGCCGCGCCUGUUCCAGCCGGUGCCGCCCGACGGGCCGUCGCCGCGUGGGGACAUCGCGGCGUCGUGGCGGCGGCUGCACGGCGAGGACGGCUGGCGCGGCCUGCUUGACCCGCUGCACCCGGACCUCCGCCGCGAGAUCGUCCGCUACGGGGAGUUCGUCGACGCCGCGUACGGCGCGUUCCUUUCCCAGCCCGACGCCACGCCGGGCGACCUCGCCGCCCCCGUGCACGUCCCGCUCCAGGACGCGGCCUACCGCGUCACGGCGCCACUAUUCGCAACCUCGUCCGUGGGCUUCCCGUCCUGGCUCGCGCUUGCCGCGCCGUGCGCCGCGCAGCGCACGAGCCUCGUCGGGUACGUGGCCGUGUGUGACAGCCCCGACGAGGUCCGACGUAUGGGCCGGCGCGACAUAAUCAUCGCACUCCGUGGGACCUGCACGGUCCUUGAGUGGGCUGAGAACUUCCGCGCCGGUCUCGUCCCGGCCACCGAAGCGGUUGACGCCGCAGCUUCGGCGGUCUCCGCCUCCGACGCAAAGGUGGAGUGCGGGUUCCGGAACCUUUACAAGACAGCCGGCGACGGUUCGCCGAGCUUGUCAGAGAUGGUCGUCACCGAAGUGCGCAGACUACUGAAAAAGUACGAGGGAGAGGAGGUGAGCAUCACGGUGACGGGUCACAGCCUGGGGGCGGCGCUGGCGGUGCUGAUCGCCGACGAGCUCGCGGGCCACGGCGACGCGCCGAAGCCAGUGACGGUGUUUUCGUUCGGGGGACCGAGGGUGGGGAACCGCGCGUUCGCGGAGCGCGUGGAGGCCCGGGGCGCGCGCGUGCUCCGCGUGGUGAACGCGCACGACGUCGUGCCGCACCUCCCGCCGCGGCCCGGCGGCCGGUGGUACGCUGAUAUCGGCCGCGAGCUCCGCCUUGACAGCCGCGCAUCCCCGUACCUCCGUCCCGAUGCCGACGCCGCCUGCUGCCACGACCUGGAAGCGUACAUCCACCUCGUCGACGGCUUCCUCAGCUCGCACUGCCCCUUCCGCGCCAACGCCAAGCGCAGCAUUCUGCGGCUGCUCAAGAACCAGGGUGGCAACGUCAAGCAGCUCUACAUCAGCAAGGCCAUGGACAUGCGCGCCCGGCUCGACGCCGGUGGCGCCGUUGACAUGCCUGGCUCGCCGCUCAGUCGUCUCGGUGCGCCGAGCACCGUGCUUGAGUGCGUGCACUGA